AGUGUUCAAACUAGCAACUCGGCACUGUCCUGUUUACUUUUCCUUCGUUUUUUGUUUAUGCCCAAAGCAACGAGCGAGUAAUGUAAACAAAACGCGCUGGAGCCAAGCUCGCUGGUGGUUCGCCUCAGUUUAGUUUCCAAAACCCUUGUGAAAAAGUAACUGUGAGCUGGCCUAAAAUGGCCUCGGAACCGGACGAGGCGUUCAUCCGGAACUAUUUCGCCGGCUACGAGCUGGAGAAUGGCAGUUUCGCGCUGGUAAACUUCCCGGUCACGCCGGAACACGACCUGGAGGACUGCAACUGCAAGCUCAACUGCUGCUUCAAGUUUUCGCUGCACGCGCGGCUGCUGCUCCGCGCCGGCUACCAGAUGCUGACCCAGGCCGGGCGGACGUCCUUUUUGGUGGCCCACACGCGCGAACCGAGCCCCAGCCAAACGCAUUACAUGCUGCCGAUUAUGGGCAUGGGGUUGGAGAAGGUGUGCCGGGCGCACUUUUUGAACACCCUGCUGGAGAGCAACGGCCGGGUUCGGCAGGUGGUGCGGAACAAGCGAGAGACGAACGAGGAGGAGGAGGACGAGGACGAUUCGAUGGAUUAUGGUGGUAGUGAGGAGCCUGGGUUGGGCAGGAAGCAAAGGAGGGCGAUCCGGUUGGCACGAAUAGAACGCGGGUUGAGCUACAUAAUGCCGGUGACGAAACGGGUGGCUCCGGCGAGGAAGGUCAAGGCGCCGUGCAACGCGGCGUGCAACUACAAAUGCUUCGAGCGGUUUCCGCUCGGCUUGCGGCAGCAGAUGCUGAAGGAACUGCUGCAGAAGCCUUUGGCCGAGCAGCGGAAAUAUUUGGCCGAUCACUUGUGCAGGCUCGCUCCGAAGAGGAGAAGAAUUGUUGACGGGAAGCCUUCGCUUAAGCGAUUUACCAACUAUUACUUUUUCGAGAAGGGGAGGAAGCUUCACAAGGUUUGCAAGACCAUGUUCCUGAACACGUACGACGUCACGGACCGGGGAGUGAGGAAUUUACUGAUCGAGAAGGGAGCCGUGGAGCACGUCAUUUGCGGCAAUCCGGAGCUGGCCAAGGUGGUGAAGAGAGAAAACGGGAUCGUGUUUGAUAUUGACGGGGAUGGCGGGAAAACCUUGGAGGAGGAGAGUGAAGAGGAUGAUUGCCCGGUUGACAUUGGUACGGUUAAGGUGGAGGAGAUUGGAGUGGGGUUGGACGAGACGGAGCAGGAGAUCUUACCGGACAGUGGCGACGGUAGCGAGGCUUCAAAAGUUCCAAUAAAACUUGAGUUUGUGGAGGGAGAUGAAGGUACCGCGCCGGAAUUCCCGCUGACAGCUGUGGACAUAAAAACCGAGGACAACCCGCGUGAUGACGAAUACAUUGAGGAUCAGGAAGACGACGACGACGACGAUUACGCCACCGAAAGUCAGAGUGAGGACUCGUUGCUUCUAGAAAAGCUGCCAAACCGUAAAGCUACCAAAACAGAGAACAGAACGCGCGUGGUCAAGCCAAACUGCAGCGCUUCGUGCCUCAUGUACUGCGUUCUCCGAGUAUCUGAAGAGUUGCGGCAACAGCUGCUGGCCAAUCUCCUGAAAAUGGCGCCAACCAAGCAGAACAAAUUCAUCGGCGAUCACAUCUGUGCCAUGUACGUCGUAAAACCGCGCUCGCUGACCGAUCGCCGCGCGCUGUCCUACCACUACUUCCUGCCCGUGGACUCCCGGCUGACGAGAGUGUGCAAAACGAUGUUCUUGAACACGUUCGACGUCACCGAUAAAGUCGUGCGCAAUAUUCUCGCCAAAAAGGGCACCGACAAGCACCUGGUCUGCGGAAAUCCGAACUUCCCACCCCUGCUGAUGAAGGGUGGCCAGCUUUUCUUCGAUUACGACGAGGGUGGUGACGAGUCGGAGCUGGUCACGCAGCACGACUGGGAAGAACGGUGCAAAUGCCAUCUACAAUGCGAGAGCAAAUUCCCCGAGAAGUCAAUUGCGCAGAUACAAAACAACUUCCAGAAAAAGCCCAAACCGCAGCAAGACACUUUCCUCGUCAACCACAUACGCUUAUUGACGGAUAAGAAAAACCUCUGCAAGAACCCCCUGUUCCGGGCCCGCUUCUUCCUCCCACUCGGAACAACCGUGCGCGAAGUCUGCCGAACGACCUUCCUGCGCACGUUCAAGCUGACCGCGAGCCAGGUAAGUACUCUGCUGACCAAAUAUCCGCACCUGCUGGUCGAAAUCGAAGAUCCGCUCGAGCUGGCCAAGGAGCACAUCGCGUCGCAUCGCCAGGACGCGGACCAUUACUGUGUGGAGAGUGGCGGCAUCGUUAAGCUUUCGCACUGCCCGGAUGUGGUACGGAUGUACAACGAAUAUCUGGAGCGGAGCCAGCUGGGGGUGGAACCGAUCGGCUAUCGGCAGUAUUAUACCGAGUUUAGUAUGGCGUACGCCAAGACGGGACUGCUGCUGCCGACCAAGUGUCCCGACUGUGGGUUCUUUGAGCGGGGAAAUCGGGGAGGUGGAAUUGUCUUGUUAAGUCCAGUGUCUAGAGUUCUUAAGUUCAGGAUGAUGGAGUUCGGCGAUGACGAGAAUCUCGAAAAACCUUCAGAUGUCCCGAUUGGCAUCGGUUGCUUAAAAGUGGAAGAUAUCAAACCGGAAUUUGACGAGACUGAGCAGUUGAUCUUACCGGACGGCAUUCCGGCGAACAAUCAGGCUGGAGGAAACGAUUCCGACGAGAUGAUUUUGCCUGAUUGUGAUGAAAUUAGCAAGUUAACCGAUGAUCCAGUGAAGCACGAACCGUUGGAUAUUGAACCCGAGAUGGACGAAUUCAAAACAGCUAAUGAAGAGGAUUCCGCCACUGACAGCCAGGGAGAAACGCUUCCGUCCGACGUUCAGCACAGAGCCAGAACGCGCAACGGCGUCGGCGAACCACUGUGGUUGAAGUCAGUGGUUGAACUUAGACGAGAGCGCAAAAUUCGAGGCCUCAGCUACACGUCCUCAACUGGAAGUAUAAUUCCAGCCCGAACGGUCAAGCCAAACUGCGGUGCCGGUUGCAAGUUACAAUGCUUUACCCGAGUGCCGGAAGAGUUGCGCCACCAACUGCUGGCGAAUCUGCUUCAAUUGUCUCAAAGCGAUCAGCGUAAAUUUCUCAGCGAUCACAUCUGCAACAUGCCCGCUGCACGACCGCGAUCAAUUGCCGGACGCAUUUACAACCAUUACUUCCUGCCCGCUGAAUCCCGGCUGGUCAAAGUGUGCAAAACAAUGUUCAAGAACACGUAUGAUUUGCCUCAAAAAACGCUGGACAAAGUUAUUUCGAAAAAGAUCGGUGACAAGCACGUGGUCUGUGGAAAUCCAAACUUCCCGGCGCUGCUGAAGAAGGGCAGCAAGAUUUACUUCGAUUACGACGAGGGUUGUGGCGAAGCGGUGGUGGAACCACCGGAAGUCUGGGAAGAAGGGUGCAAAUGCGAACUGCAGUGCGGACACGUGAUUCCAGCGGAGGUUGUUGAGCAGAUUCGGAGCAGCUUUCGUAACAAGUCCAGAAUGGAGCAAAAUAACUUCCUGUUAAAGCAUGUCCAGCUUCGGACCAACAAGAGAAAGCGUAGAAAGAACGCACUUUCCCUGGUCCAGUUCUACCUGCCCCUCGGGUCAAACGUCGAAGAGGUCUGCAAGAUGAUGUUCCAGCACGUCUUUAAGCUGAACUCGAGCCAGGUACGGACUCUACUGAAAAAUAUGUCGAAAAUUCCGGAAUUGCCAGUCGAAGAAGUCAUGGAUCCCGUCCAGUUUGCCAAGGAGCACAUCGCGGCGCAUCGGAUGGACGAGGACCACCACUGUGCGGUGAGCGGAGCUUUGGUGAAGCUUUCCCACAGUCCCAACGUGGCGCGGAUGUACAGUGAAUACCAGGAGGGGUGCCAGCAGGGAGUGGAGCCGAUUGGCUAUCGGCAGUAUUAUGCCGAGUUUAAUAAUAACUUUGUGCGGACGGGACUGCUGCUGCCGGCAAAGUGUCCCGACUAUGGUGAUGGAAGUUCCGUGGAGGUGAACCCACCGGAAUCAGAGCAGCUAGAGUUCGUGGUAGUCGUUCCCCAUGAAGAUGACUCCAACGACGAAGAAUUACCCGAUGCCGACGAACAUACCGAUUCCGGUACCAACAACCUUGAGGAAGUCGCAUCCGGUGACAAACUUAGCGACAAACUCAGACGAGAGUACAAAACUAGAGGUCUCAGUUACACGACCAGAGCUGGACGAAUACUUCCGGCCCGCGCGGUCAGGCCAAACACCGGUGCCUGCUGCAAAUAUCAAUGCUUUACCCGAGUGCCGGACGAGGUGCGGCCGCAGCUACUGGAGAAUCUGCUACAACUGUCCCAAAGCGAUCAGCGAAAAUUUCUAAGCGACCACAUCUGCAGCAUGCCAUGUAAACGACCGCGGUCAAUUUCCGGACGGUUUCACAAUCAUUACUUCUUGCCCGUUGAAUCUCGACUGGUCAAAGUGUGCAUGACGAUGUUCAUGAACACGUACGAUCUGCAUCGGUCGGCAUUGCGCAACGUCAUCGCCAAAAAGAUCGGCGGCAAGCACGUGGUCUGUGGGAAUCCAAACUUUCCGGCACUGUUGAAAAAGGCCAUCAAGUUUCACUUCGAUUACGACGAGGGUUGUGGCGAAGCGGUGGCGGUAAAGCAGGUAGGCACGGAAAAAGAGUGCGAAUGCGAUCGUCAGUGCGAUACCAAAUUUUCGGUCAAGAUGAUUGAGCAGAUACGGAAAAGCUUUCGAAAAAUGUCCAAGGAACAGCAACGCAAUUUCCUCUCCAAGUAUAUCCAGGUUAUGGUCGACAACAGAAACAACCAGGAUAAGAACCCGCUUUACAAGGCCCUUUUCUCGCUUCCCCUCGGCGCAACUGCCGCGAAGGUAUGUCGAAAAAUGUUCCUGCAUACGUUCCAGCUUAAAUCGGGCCAAGUUCGGGCGCUGCUGAACGAACAUACCAAGAAUCCGGAUCUGCUGGUCGAAGUCGUGGAUCCGUUCGUGUUUGCCAAGGCACACAUCGCGGCGCAUCGGAUGGACGAGGACCAUCAUUGUGCGGUGAGCGGAGCUUUGGUGAAGCUUUCGCACUGUCCCAAUGUGGCACGGAUGUACAGUCAAUAUCUGGAGGGGUGCCAGGAAGGAUGCGAAAGAGCUGCAGAUGCCGUACCAGGAAGCGGUGCCAGUGAGAAGCAAGAUUCGGAUGCAGGGGCCAAGCUAUGCGUCAUUCGGAUGGUCAAGGCACAGUUUGAGUCGAUGGAACCACCGCGGUUCUACCAAAGAGAAUUCCGCAUCAACAAGAAGAUUCUCCAGUGGCCUCCAUCUCCGCCGGCUCCGGUGCUUCACUCGCCGACGCUGAGGAACCUCCCAGGAAGCAGUGGUGGUCGGUUUAGGAGCAUGUCGUUCGACUUAGACCAGGAUCUCAACAAGGGAGCAGUGGAGAUGGAUUUUGAAGAUUUUCCGAUUGAUAUCGGUUGCGUUAAAGUGGAAGAUUUCGAUCCGGAAAGCGCCGCGAUUGAGCAGGAGGUGAACCGAUGUCAUGUCGGCGAAUCACCAAAUGGUCCGAUAAAACUUGAAAUAACAGAUGGUGAUGGAAGUACCGCGGAAGUGAAUCAACCGGAAUCCGAGCAGCUAGAUAUCGCGGUAGUCGUUCCCCGUGAUGACGAUUCCAUCGACGAAGAAUUACCCGAUGACGACGAACAUACCGAUUCCGGUUCCAACAUCCUAGAGGAAGUCGCAUCUGGUAACAGAAUCAGCAACAAACUCAGACGAGAGUACAAAACUAGAGGUCUCAGUUACACGACCACAACUGGACGAAUAUGUCCGGCCCGCGCGGUCAGACCAAACUGUGGUGCUGAUUGCAAAUUUCAAUGCUUUAGCCGAGUGCCCGAUGAGGUGCGGCCGCAGCUACUGGAGAAUCUGCUACAAUUAUCUCAAAAUGAUCAGCGAAAAUUUCUAAGCGACCACAUCUGUAGCAUGCCAGGCGCACGACCGCGUUCAUUUUCUGGACGAUUUCACAAUUUUUACUUCCUGCCCGUUGAAUCUCGGCUGGUCAAAGUUUGCAGAACGAUGUUCAUGAACACGUACGAUCUGCAUUCGCGAACAUUGCGCAACAUCAUCACCAAAAAGGUCGGCGACAAGCACGCGGUCUGUGGAAAUCCAAACUAUCCGACGCUGCUGAAGAAGGGUAGCACGUUUUAUUUCGAUUACAACGAGGGUUAUGGCGAAGCGGUGGCUGUACUGCAGGAAGACUGCGAAGAAGGGUGCAAAUGCGAACUGCAGUGCGAGACCAAAUUUCCGACCAAGGUGAUUGAGCGGAUGCGGAAAAGCUAUCGAAAAAUGUCCAAGGAACAGCAACGCAACUUCCUCUCCAAGUAUAUCCAGGUUUUGGUCGACAAGAGAAACAACCGGGAUAAGAACCCACUGUACAGGGCCCACUUCACGCUUCCCCUCGGCUCAACCGUCGCGAAGGUAUGUCGAAAAAUGUUCCUGCACACGUUUCAGCUUAAAUCGAGCCAAGUACGGAUUCUGCUGAACGAACAUACCAAGAAUCCGGAUCUGCUGGACGAAGUCGUGGAUCCGUUCGUGUUUGCCAAGGCACACAUCGCGGCGCAUCGGAUGGACGAGGACCAUCAUUGUGCGGUGAGCGGAGCUUUGGUGAAGCUUUCGCACUGUCCCAAUGUGGCACGGAUGUACAGUCAAUAUCUGGAGGGGUGCCAGGUGGGAGUGGAGCCGGUCGAUUUUCGGCAGUAUUAUGCCGAGUUUUGUAUAGCCUUUGCACAAACGGGACUGCUGCUGCCGACAAAGUGUCCCGGGUACUUCCAGUCACCCGAGGCGGCUGACAUUUUCCUCAUUUUUCACAAAACGGUUCAAACUAGCGCGCUGGUACUGUCGUCAAACAGCUGUGUUGUCAUUUUUUGUUUAUGUUUACAUUUUGCACCAGAUGCCGAACUCGGCGGUAAUUUUGUAAUCUGUAAACUCAGAACCUGCACCGCAAUGGCGGCAGAAUCGAACGGCAAGCGAAAAGCUGCUCCGUCGGAAUUUGUGCAGCAGGACGACGACUCGGAGGAGAUUCUACCGGACAAGCGCUUCAAAAUCGACCAGGAAUGCAUCAAAGUGGAAGAUAUCAAACCGGAAAUCGACGACCAGAUGAUUCUACCUGACAGGGAUGAAGCUAGCAGGUCACCAAGCGAUCCGGUGAAGCACGAACCUGUGGAUAUUGAAACCGAGAUGGACGAAUUUGACGCAGACGAUUUCUUGGUCGUACUUCCCCGUGACGACGAUUCCUUAGACGAGGAACUCCUUCUUGAUCCGGAAGCCGAUAACCAGAAAGGAAUCGCACGCACGGUCAAGCCAAACUGCGGUCCCACCUGCCAUUCUCAGUGCAUUCUGCGAGUGUCGGACGAGGUGCGACAACAGCUGCUGGAGCACCUGCUACGAAUGUCCCUAAACGAUAAGCGGCGAUUCAUCAACGAUCACAUCUGCGCCAUGCCGGUCGCGAAACCGCAAUCGCUGUCCAGUCGCCGUAUGCUGUCCAACCACUACUUCCUGCCCGUUGAGUCGCGGCUGGUCAAAGUGUGCAAGAUGUUCAUAAACACGUACCGCUUGAGCGAUAAGAAAAUUCGAGUAAUUCUGUCGAAAAAGAGCGGCGACAAGCACGUUGUCUGCGGAAAUCCAAACUUUCCGGCGCUGCUGAAGAAGGGGGGCAAGUUUUACUUCGAGUAUGACGAGGCUGGCGUCCCAGCGGUCGCGAAAGUAGUCCGGGAGGGAGGGUGCAAAUGCACUCUGCAGUGCGAGAACUUGUUUACGGAGGAAGUGAUUGAGCAGAUACGGAGCAGCUUUUGGGAGAAAUCCAAACAGGAGCAAAAGAACUUCCUCUCAGAGCACGUCCAGUUGUUAGCGGGCAAGAGGCAUCCAGAUGAGAGUGCACUGUUUAGAGCUCGAUUCAUGCUGCCCUUCGAGUCAACCGUGCGCGUGGUUUGCCGGAAGACGUUCCUGCGUGUGUUCCAGCUUACCACGAGCCAAGUAAAACAUCUGCUGAGCAAUCCGCCUGAAAGUUCUUUCGAAGUAGCCAUCAACGACGCCGAGAUUCUACCUGACUGUGAUGAAGCUAGCAAGUCACCCAAAGAAGCUGAUAAGGAUGACCCUUUGGACAUUGAAUCUGAGUUCGUGGAAGCUCUUCCCCGUGGAGACGAAUCUGUCGACGAUGACGACGAAGGUGACGACCAUUCCGACACCGACAGUCAGACUGAAAUUCUGCCGCCCGAGGAAGAAAAAGACCUCGCCAAAUUUAGUCGGCAAAAGCGCAAACUCCGCGGCCUCAGCUACACGUCCCGAAGCGGGCAGCAAUGGCCGGCCCGCGUUCUUCGACCAAACUGCGGCCCCUCCUGCCAGUUCCAGUGCAGGACGCGAGUCUCGGACGAGGUGCGCCAACAGCUACUGUCCAAACUGCUCACGCUCAAGUCUCACACCGCACAGCGUCAGUUCAUCGCCGACCACAUCUGCAAUGUGCCCAGCUCUCGGGCUCCGUUGAACAAACGCCUGUUCAACCACUACUUCCUGCCCGUGCAGUCCCGACUGGUCAAAGUGUGCAAAACGAUGUUCAUGAACACGUACGUUUUGACCGAUAAAAAUAUUCGAAUAGUUCUCGCAAAAAAGAACGGCGACAAGCACGCGGUCUGCGGAAAUCCCAACUUCCCCGCUCUGCUGAAGAAAGGCAGCAAGUUUGACUUUGAUUACGACGAGGGUAUGGACGCGUCCCGGCUGCACUCAGGCCAAGUGCGCGUUCUGGUGGAUCCGCUCGCAAUGGCCAAGCAGCACAUCGGCGCGCAUCGAACGGACGAGGAUCACCACUGUGCGGUGAGUGGAGAGUUGGUGAAGCUUUCGCGCUGUCCCAACGUGGCGCGGAUUUACGGUGAGUAUCGGGAGGGGUGCCGGGGGCGGCAGGGAGUGGAACCGAUUGAAUAUCGGCAGUUUUUUGCGGAGUUUUGUCGACAUUUUGCGGAGACGGGACUGCUGCAGCAGACGAGCUGUCCCGAUUGUGGGUACUUUGACAGGGGAGAGGGAGGUUGAGGCGUGGGCUGGAAUAAAUUUGUUACGUUUAUGUAAAAAA